UGUUUGUAGAAAUGGCCGAAGAAACACCGUUAUGGCUGAGACCCAAGUUUUGGGAAAAUAUCUUGCGAAAGGCGAAAAACAACAAUUCAAUCCGUGUAAUCGAUAUAUUUUCAAAACUGGCGACGGCCAAGGGGGAUAACUAUAGUAGCGAUAUGUUCAGAGUAUUGGUUGAAUUUGCUUACAAACAAGAUGACCGAGAAGUUAUGAGCAAAGCAUCUUUCAUUGUUAAAGUCGCACCAUCGGCAGAUACUUUACGAAGAAAAUUGAUCGAGCAAUCAAUGGUAUUCGAAACGGAAAUGUCGGUGAUGGAGAACCUUUUGAGAAAAAUGAACGAACUAGUCGGACCAGCUCAUAUUCUAGGAGCACAGGUUUUCUACAUUAAAAAAGAAUAUCCAGGAUUUUUGGUUUUAGAGGAUCUAGCUCCACUUGGAUUUCGCAUGGCUGAACGUGAAGAUGGCCUUGACCUUCCUCACUGCUUGUGUGCGAUGCGAGGAUUAGCUAGAUUUCAUGCAAGUAGCUUGGCCAUAUGCGAAAAGGAACCCAGUCAGAAAACGCUUUACUCCAAAGGAAUAUUCUACAUUGAAAGAUCUUCCGACUUAACAAGCUUCUUUACUCUUGGAACAAAAUCGUUAGCCGGACAAGUAAAAAAAUGGCCUAAUUUUGAGAAAUAUGGAGAGAAAAUUGAUAAAAUAUCGGAUAAAAUCUUUUAUGAGACUAGCAAGGCAAUAAAAUGCCGAGAUGACGAAUUUAAUGUUAUAAAUCAUGGUGACUUCUGGGUGAACAAUAUGAUGUUUCGUUACAACGAUGAAGGAAAACCGAUCAAUCAUAUCUUUGUGGAUUUCCAGAUGUGUGUUUAUGCAUCCCCGGCUGUUGAUUUGCAGUACUUUCUUAACACUAGCACGAACAAUGAAGUGUACGAAAAUUACAAGGACAAACUAAUAGAGGAAUAUUAUAAUACAUUGUGUAACACGAUGAGACAAUUGGAUUGUAAAACCCUUCCACCGAGCAUGGAAGAACUACGAAAGUCUAUUAAGGAACGUGAGGUAGUAGCAAUGAUAAGUUCUUUUACGGUUCUUCCGUAUGUUAUGGUAAACAAAAAUGAAGUGAAGGAUCUCGACGAGAUCUUUACUACAGAUGGCAAUUAUGACAAUUUCGCUUAUAAAAAUGACCGUUAUCAUAAAGUAAUAAGCAAAAGGAUUCUCUAUUACGAUCAAUUAGGAUUACUGGAUGUAUAGGAAAAUUAUAAUAGCAUGUUUUAUGUAAAUUGAAACAG